AUGUCCUCGCCACAAGUCGACCGCUGGUUCAAUCACUCCUACAUGCCCACCGCCAACUCAUCGGUGUCAUCUCUGGCCUACAGCGAGGAAGACGCGCCGCCUUUCCAAACUUUCGUCAAGCGGACACCGCCCGUACUGGAUACGCAGAGAGCACUUCCACCACUCCACUCCACACACCAAACGCCCUCGUCGUCCCGUUCGAGGACCCCACUGCGGUCAGUUGGAAGGCGCUCAUCGAGCGUGUACAGCCGCCCCGUCAGCUGGCACAGCGAGGACUUUGCAGACAUACCCGCGCCUCCGCUCCCGAUUCUGCAACCUCUGGCGUACAGCGCGAGCACGCCACAUCUGGCGAUGAAACUGUCCACGUCACCUGCGCUUCAACCGCGGAAAUGCAGUCCCUUGAUCGAUGCACCGUCGCCCAUCGCCAGCCCGGUCGUAACUCCACUUGCGGUGGAAAAGGCGCAGUCAGCAACCGCUGUACCUCGAGGUUACUUCAACAAGAAUGGCGGAAAGACGCUGAAGACGGUGCCCUUGGAGAGGGCAAUGGCUACCCUACAUGCGCCUGGGGCUGCCCAUCUUCUGCCCGAAGAGCAUCGAGCGCAAAAGACUGGUCGCUCGCGAUCUCACGAGCCUUUGCGGAUUGCGCUGGUCAACACGAACCUCCCCACCGGUUCUCCGCAGCUUCCUGGUCCACCGACGACUCUGGUGGACACUCAGGGCAGGAGACGCACACUUCUCAAAUCUCCAGAUGGAUGGAAAGGUGGUAGCGGAUACUCGUUUCCUGAGAUAGCAGCGAAGAUAAAGCCAGCUCGGCAGGACUGGGCAUUUCAGAAUGUCCAUGAAACACCUCCUGGAGUCGACUCAGACCAACGAGGACGAACAAUGGAACGAGGCCGCAGAAGGUCGAGGAAUGUAGGCUUUCCAUCCAGGAGUGAACAGAACUCCAUGCAGGCCUCGUCCACCCAAGAUACCCGAUCACAAAGGCCCGCGGAGCAAUUCCUCACUCUCACCCCAGAGCAACGCAGAUACCCCAGCAUUGCACCCAGCCUUUCUAGCGCGCACUCCGAUGACGAAACAAGCGCCCACAUGAGACUGGUGCCACGGCCUCUGUUCCAGAUAAAGCCGCCGGCCAAACUUCCCGGAGAAGUCUACAGCAGUCGACAAGAGGAGGAGCAGCAGUCGCUGUCGUCCUACCAGCUAAGCUCUCCAAGCCAGAGUUCUUAUGAUGCAACGUCAAUAACGACGGCCUUCUCGUCGCCUCAGUCGGCCACGCAUCGACGCAUGAGCACGAGCGGGUCCAUUCGGAUUUCUCCACCUUUGGCUGCUGACGAGGGGGCUGCGCAGUACCAUUUACCGGUGACAAUGCGGAAGACAGCGAAACCCAAGAGCGCCGCGCAAAAGAACCGCGCGUCUGCCUACUACCCUCACGUUGCACCGCGUAAAGGCAAAGUGGCGAAGACAGGAGGGAAAGCCCGGACAAAGCGAGACCAAGCCCCUCCCAUGCCAGUGUUGUCGAACAACGACAGACAACUGGCGAGCGCCGCUGCUCGGGCGGCUCACUCGCCCCUCCGAGUCAAGCGAGCUGAAGACGUGCUUCGCGAUGGCUCCCCGCGCAGAACAAGGGACACGAGUCCGACAGAUACCUCGCGUCCCCGCCUCCACCAGCGCAUUGUCAACGGCGCCGCCAGAUACGCUGGUUUUCUCACGAAGCCCACCGACUCUGACGGCGAGGAAGCAGCGCGCUACCAGCCCAUCACAAUCGCCACCAUCUCUCCCAUUUCAUCCAACCUCUCCUCCAGCCCCGUCAACUCUAUUCCGACUUCCAAAGCCAACGUCCACCUAGGCUGGUCCGACCUCGCCAAAACCACCUUCGACCGAGUCGUCUCCCCAGGCCUCAAACCUCCAGCCAAGCCUGAGAGGCAGCAUCCGUCGAUAUAUACGCACAUCACCACGGCCGCUCGACCACUGGACGCCAGCAGGGCAGCGCUCGUGGAGAGUCCAGAGUCGCCGACGGGCGGGCCGCGCAGGAAGAGCAGUAUUUUCGGCGGGUUUCUGGAAAGCUGGAAAGAGAGCAAAGAGGAGAAGAGGCGGGAGGAGUUGAAGCGAAUCAUCCGCGUCGUGCCGUCCGGUACAACAUCGUCGUCGCAGCAAGAGUCAGUCGUCGAGACACCUGCAGCAGAGAAGCCAAAGAUGGCGUCGAGGAGGAGCAGCGCGUUCGGAUGGAUGUAG